AUGUUCAUUGAAGCAGUAGAAGCCCAGGAUAAAAAGCACAUGAUAUGCUUCCUAACUUUUAUCAAAUUGCUCAUUUUAACAGGGACCCAGGAUGGAGAAUUUCAGCCACCGUUGACACUCAUGCCCACCACAGAAACCAUCACAUCCAUUCUAGCAGCAGCUUAUGGGUGUAUAACUCCAUUUAUAUUCACAUCCCAAUUGCCAUUGGGACCCACACCUGCUGCAAAAAUAAGCAUACCCUCUUUAGCAGUAGCUGAUGAGCCUAUCACUUCAUUUGUAUUCACAUUUCAGCUGCCAUCAGCACCAACACCCACUGCAGAAAUGAGCACAUCCUCUUCAGCAGCAGCUGAUGAGCCUAUUGCUCCAAUUAUAUUCACAUUCCAGUUGCUGUCAGGGUCCAUGCCCAAUGGCACAUCCAUUCUAGCAGCAGCUGAUGGGCCUAUCACUCCAAUUACAUGCAUAUUUCAGUUGCUGUUAGGACCCAUGCCUGCCACAGAAAUGAGCACAUUCUCUUUAGCAGUAGCUGAUGGGCCUAUUACUCCAUUUGUAUUCACAUUCCAGCUGCCAUUGGCACCAACACCCACUGCAAAAAUGAGCAUGUUCUUUUUAGUAAUGACUGAGAAGCCUGAUCACAACUGCAAUAUGUUGAGUCAUGCAAAAUGUUCUCAAGAAGAAUAUUUCUAA